AUGGCUCGAAGAAUGGAACGCCCCUGCCGUCCGGCUUUGUCUCUCCAGCGGGUUGCGGCAGUUUCGCUGGUCGCACUCGCGGCCACAUUCCCUACCGUUCAAGCAAGAGGCAUCGGCGAACGGACUGUAUCCUCUCCGGUGCAAACAUCUCCUCGACCCCUUUCUGGUAUCAAUCCAACAAUCUCGGUCGCCGAUGCGAUGCAGCGUACGCAAAGACCAUGGCUUGCUGUCGCCAAGGAUCGCAUUUUCGACACUGUCUCCCGCUUUCUUUACCAUGCACUGCCCGAUCCUCGCUACUUCUCUUACGACAUCGAUCAAUUUGACAAAUAUCAGCUUCCCUCUUCUGACGCAGCUGCUCUUGACUCAGAUGGCAUUCUCGAUGGUCCUGGACUAAACUGGGGUGGUAGUACCCUCGAGGUGGUUCGAUCUCAAGCCAUCUUUCUUACCCGAUCCGCCUUCUUUGGCCCUCACAUUACUGACGAAGCAGGUCUGAAAGGAUUUCUGCUUCCCAUCUCGGACUUCUACAGGGUACCCAAAGGGGCUAGUUUCUCCACAUCAGAUGCGAGUCGCAAUCCCAUGCACGCAUGUCCGUAUCAAGGUGGUCCUGGGUCUCAACGCGAUGUAUUCCUCGACAAGUAUCAAGACAAAGACGAUCGUCGGCUCUACUCAUCGUUUGGCUCAGCAUCGUCCAAGCAAGUCUCUUUCACUUGGACUCACGAUUCUGACGACAGCUUCGAUGCAAGCCUCAAGCCUCCACAGAAUUGGAUCGCUCUGGUUGAGCGUGGCGGCGGCUGCGGGUUUGCGGAUAAGGUGCGAGUCGCACAGGAGCUGGGUGCAGUUGCAGUGGUGGUCGGUGAUGCGCCGAGUCCAGACUGGCACGGCGGACACUCUGGCGACCCAAACGAGGAAGGUGAUCCUGGUCUCAGCGAUAAACGUCUCAUCACCAUGUUUUCUCCUGGCGACACGAGCGACAUCCGCAUUCCUUCCACUUUUGUCACUCGUCCCAGCUACCUGGACCUGAGACGUCUGAUUGAGGAGACGGAGAAGGAUCAGGAAGACUGGGAAAAACAACACCCGUCACAACACGACGAUUCACGACCGGCGAUGAGGAAAGGUCUCGAGAUCGUCAUCGGCAAGGACGACAUGGUUUGGGAGUGGCCCCUGAUUGACUUUGGCAUCCUGUUGCUACUCCUCCCAAGUUUUAUGACGGUGAUCACCAUCAUUGUGCAUCGGAUCCGAAUGGUACGUCAGAGGCGCAAAGAACGUGCACCGGAACCUGUCGUGCUCGGUCUGCCUUGCCUCAUCUGGAGGGGCAACGGCCAGCCCUGGGAAAAAGUGGAAGGUCCUGACGUUGAUCCUGGCCCGGGUAAUGGCAAUGCUUCCACCCCGUCUGCAACGAAAUCCUUCGCAUCGGACGACUUGGAAGCUGGACAAGUAACAGAGACAAUCCCCUUGCUUGCCGAGGACGAGAAUGAAGCUGGGCCAUCUCAACGGGCGCAUACCUCUGUCAAGGUGCCAACAUUUUCUGAAACCUCUUCGACGCGGCCUGCCAAGCCGUCUUCAUGCCUUCCACCAGACCGGACGUAUUUCAGCACAGACGAAUGCGCCAUCUGCCUGUGCGACUUUGUCGACGGCGACCGUGUCCGGGUGCUGCCGUGUGGACACAUCUUCCACCGCCAAGAAGUCGAUGAUUGGCUUGUCAGGGUUAAGAAGCUUUGCCCCAUUUGCAAACGCGAUAUCACGGUGCCGAUCCCCCCCGCACCGCCAGUGGGGGUCGCAUCCGCGACAACUUCUCCGGCAGCAAGCCCUGUGGAUGCGGUGGCAAACGGAGUUUCUGUCGGGCCGGUGACAUCAGAUAUAGUGAAUGACGUGCAGCCGGGAGAUGAAAGCAUCGAUCUGUCGCAGCACUUGAGCUCAGACGACGAUUAUCAGCAGUCGCAUCAGGAUGGACGACAGGUUUGA